CAUCAGACGAUUCAGAGCUCUCUGCGCAACAAGUCUUGCGUAGAAGAUAUACAUUUCAAUCGAAGGGUGAUUUCAUCGGCUUGCUCUCUGCCAUUUAGAAAGCAAAAGCCUCUCCAUGCAGACCUGAAUUUGAAGCUACUUCUUUAACUUCCUUUCUGCCACCUGUCUUUCAAUUCCCGGUCCCUCGGCGGACAUUCGCCUUGCGGAACCAUGGCUCCCCUCGUUGACAAUGCCCAAAUCAAAUCUGCCACGCUCCACAACCCACUGCCCUUUACCUUGCACGCAUACAUUUGGCCGUUCCUCUUGAUCUGGCCGGUCUUCUUUGCUUUCUAUCUUUCUCCGGAACGCUAUGAGAAGCACCUUCAAUCUUCUGAAUGGACCUUCGUCUGGUCCGGUACCAUAAUAACACUCCAAGCAUUGGUUUGGCUCAGCACUUUCUGGAAUGUUGAACUGAGAGCUCUUUUCACUUCUACAACGGCUCAGAAUGUUGAGCAAGCCAAGCUCAUAAAAGUGAUCCCCGUUACGAAUGCAGGUAUCGCCGAAAUAUGCAAUCUGUUGCGGGAUCGUGACCCUGCAACCGGGAAAGUCAGCCUCUCCUUCCUCUUCCAGAAGCGCCGGUUCCUCUACAACCCAGAGACACGAUCAUUUGCACCUUUGUCCUUUGCAUUGGACAGUGAUCCGAAGCCUGCGAUCAAAACUUUCCAGCAGUCACGCGGGCUAAACUCCGCUGAUGUGACCAGACUUACUAAGCAUUAUGGGGCCAAUACUUUUGAUAUUCCUGUGCCAACGUUUACAGAACUCUUCAAGGAGCAUGCGGUUGCUCCUUUUUUCGUCUUCCAGGUAUUCUGUGUUGGCUUGUGGAUGCUUGAUGAUUAUUGGUACUACUCCCUCUUCACUCUUUUCAUGCUGGUCGCUUUCGAAAGCACUGUGGUAUGGCAAAGACAGAGAACUUUGACCGAAUUUCGGGGAAUGGGUAUCAAGCCCUAUGAUAUCUGGGUUUAUCGCGACGGGAAAUGGACCGAAACUCGAAGCGAUAGCCUCUUGCCAGGCGAUCUGGUGUCUGUCGGCCGUACCAAGGAAGAUAGCGGUGUGGCUUGUGACCUUCUCCUUGUGGAAGGGGGUGCAAUCGUUAACGAGGCGAUGUUAUCUGGAGAGAGUACGCCUUUGCUUAAGGAUUCCGUCGCACUUCGACCCGGAGACGCCGAAAUCGAGCCUGAGGGCUUGGACAAAAACGCCUUCCUUUUUGGUGGAACCAAAGUUCUUCAAAUAACUCAUGGUAACGUGACUGAAGGGUCUUCUGAGGCUACACCUACGCUGCCAUCUGGCAUUAAAUCUGCGCCGGACAAUGGAGCAUUGGCAGUUGUUAUCAAAACUGGCUUUGAGACCAGUCAAGGAACUCUGGUCCGCACCAUGAUUUAUUCCACCGAACGAGUUUCUGCCAACAACCUCGAGGCGCUGUUCUUCAUUUUGUUCCUGUUGAUGUUCGCGCUCGCUGCUUCCUGGUAUGUUUGGCAGGAAGGGGUCUUGAAAGACCGCAAGCGUUCAAAGCUGCUGCUGGACUGCGUCCUUAUCAUCACCAACGUUGUUCCUCCGGAGCUUCCCAUGGUUCUUAGCCUUGCUGUCAACACAAGCCUGGCUGCUUUGAGCAGGUUCGCGAUUUACUGCACAGAACCCUUCCGAAUUCCAUUUGCCGGGAGAGUGGAUAUAGCCUGUUUUGACAAAACAGGAACUCUCACAGGAGAAGAUCUUGUAGUCGAUGGAGUUGCUGGAUUAUCUCUCUCGGCAGGGGAAAAGAAAGCAACCUCAGAAUACGAAGUUACGCCGGUCUUGGAAGCUGGUCAGGAGACUACCCUUGUUCUCUCAACUGCUCAUGCUCUUGUGAUGCUAGAUGAGGGAGAGAUUGUUGGCGAUCCCAUGGAAAAGGCAACCCUGUCCUCCCUAGGCUGGGAACUCGGACGACAUGAUAUCUUAACCAAUAAGGCACUGUUAUCGAAAGGAAAAUCUCAUUCUCACAGCGCCUUUACUGUCCAGAUCAAGAGGCGAUUCCAAUUUUCCUCCGCCCUCAAGCGUCAGAGCUCUAUAGCUACCAUCGUAUCCACCGAUCGUCAUACUUCGAAAAGCGCGAAAAGUACGUUUGUCGGCGUUAAAGGAGCGCCUGAAACAAUACAGAAGAUGCUUGUUCAUGUUCCAUCCAACUACGAGGAAACUUUCAGGCAUUUCACUCGAAAUGGAGGAAGAGUCUUGGCUCUGGCAUACAAGUAUUUAGCCCGAGAAGGCGAGCUGGGACAAUCAAGGAUUAACCAGCUCAAACGGGAAGAAGUCGAACGUGACUUGAACUUUGCCGGUUUCCUUGUUUUGCAAUGUCCUCUUAAAGAGGAUGCCGCAAAAACGGUUCGGAUGCUCAAUGAGAGCAGCCAUCGUGUCGUUAUGAUCACUGGCGAUAAUCCUUUGACCGCAGCCCACGUUGCUCGUCAAGUUGAAAUCGUUGACCGUGAUAUCCUCAUUCUGGACGCUCCCGAACAUGAUGAAACCGGAACUCGGUUAGUGUGGCACAGUGUCGACAACAAGAUUCAGAUUGAAGUCGACCCCUCUCAGGCCUUGGAUAAAGAGAUUCUUGCAACUAAGGAUAUUUGUGUUACUGGAUACGCCUUGGCUAAAUUCGCUGGUCAGCCCGCUUUGCCCGAUCUUUUGCGCCAUACUUGGGUGUAUGCGCGAGUCUCGCCGAAACAGAAAGAGGAUAUUUUGACAGGGCUCAAAGAUGCUGGUUACACUACACUCAUGUGCGGUGACGGCACCAACGACGUGGGUGCACUGAAGCAAGCUCAUGUUGGCGUCGCGCUCCUUAAUGGCACACAAGACGACCUGAAUCGCAUUGCUGAACAUGCCCGAACUACCAAAUUCAAAGAGAUCUAUGAGCAGCAAUGUUCGGUUAUGAAGCGCUUCAAUCAGCCUGCGCCUCCUGUCCCUCUGCAAAUUGCCCAUCUCUAUCCUCCAGGUCCAUCUAAUCCUCACUACGAAAAGGCCAUGCUUCAGCAGGCCGAAAAGAUGACCGCCGCCGGAGCCGUGGAUAUCGGAUCCGAGGAGAAAGACAAGGCCGACGGUAUCCCUACGAUAACAUCUCCUGGUGCACAAGCUCUCCAAAAAGCCAAUGCGAAUGCUACUCCUGAACAACAGCGUCAGCAACAGGCUCAACAAGCCGCAGCUACCCUUGCGGAUAAACUUACGAAUUCGAUGUUCGAGUCUCAACUAAACGAAGCCGAGCCUCCCCAGAUCAAACUUGGAGACGCCUCGGUCGCAGCGCCUUUUACAAGCAAAUUGGCGAACGUCGUUGCUAUCUCACACAUCAUUCGGCAAGGCCGUUGCACGCUAGUUGCUACCAUUCAGAUGUACAAAAUCCUUGCCCUGAACUGUCUCAUUAGCGCCUACAGUCUGAGUGUUCUCUACCUUGACGGAAUUAAAUUUGGUGAUCGCCAAGCUACCAUUAGCGGAAUGCUGGUUAGCAUCUGCUCCUUGUCCAUUUCGCGUGCUAAACCCGUCGACAAACUAUCGAAAGAGCGACCUCAGUCAACAAUUUUCAACGCUUAUGUGGUCGGCUCUGUGCUUGGUCAAUUCGCAAUUCAUAUUGUCACCCUUUUGUACAUCUCGAACUACGUCCAAAAGAUUGAACCGAAGUCUGACGAUGUUGAUCUCGAGGGCAAAUUUGAGCCUUCACUUUUGAAUAGCGCCGUGUAUCUUCUCCAACUUAUUCAGCAGAUUUCGACUUUUGCCAUCAACUAUCAGGGUCGGCCAUUCCGAGAGUCUAUCAAAGAGAAUAGCGGAAUGUAUUACUCGCUCGUCCUGACCGCAGGUGUUGCAUUUUCAUGUGCCACAGAGUUUGUUCCGGAGAUCAAUGAGCAGAUGAAGCUGGUUCGUUUUAGUACUAACUUCAAGGUGGUUCUGACUACCGUCAUGGCGCUUGAUUACAUUGGAUGUUGGGCCGUUGAAAAGGGUCUCAAAGCGCUUUACAGCGAUUAUAGGGCCAAGGAUAUUGCCGUCCGUCGACCUGAUCAGAUUGCUGCUGAGGAAAAGCGGAAUGAAGCAGAACGGAUCGAAGCGGAAAAGAAGGCUGCAGAGGAAGUCGAGAAGGCCGGAGGCAAACGAUGAAGCCGGGCUUUGCUAGACCAUUCUGUUGCAUCUUCUGUAAAUUUCUCUACACACUUUCAUAUGCUUUUAUCAUAUGUCGCCACAUGCCUUACAGAUAGAUUGAAGGAAUGUAUCUUAAAGAUGUCUCUUUGAAAUAGACUUAUAAAUUCGACUC